CAAAAAUCACAAAUGGGAGGAGUAUUAUUACGUAACAACAAACGUUAAUGGUCAUGGGGGUUCAAAACUUCAAACAUCUGCUUUUGUCCUUAUUAUCCUUCUUUCUUUUUUUUAAAAAAAUAAUAAUGAAAUCUAGCACACCCAAAAUGCAUCAUCCUCUCCGUGUAUAACAGCCGUUUACUUAUCAUUCAACAGUGCACCCAAGCAACAAAACACACAUACCCUUAACGUUUUUUUGACCAUUUUCAUCACUUUUUUUCUUGUCCAAAAAUCUCAUCACAUUCUAUCCCUCUUUUUCUCAAUUUCUUCCCCUGUUUUUUGAAUUUUUCCCAACCAUUCCAGGAGAUUAACUGAUUCUUGAUUUUUUUUUUUUUUGGGGGGUGUGGGGGAGGGAUCAAGAGUGUGUUCAUUCCAGACGACAAAACAAAACACUAUACUACGUCAAAUGAAAGGCCAUACCAAAAUAAAUCUUCAUCAUCAAUAUUCGGCACACCAAAAUCAACGGAUAGACGUAGCCUAAAAACACACGCAGUCACACAGUCACACAGUGUCCUUGUGAGAGUUUUUUGGGAUUCUGAUGAUGAUGAUGAUGGAGGAAACUGGCUCACCCGCCUCCAUAGCUCCUUACCUCCUCAGAAACUUCAUCACUUCUAUGUUCGUUCUUGCUGAUAAAUCUCUUUCUUUCUUAGCUGAAAAAUCACAAUUUCUCCAAGCCCUACGUUAUAUCCUCGUCUCCUCUUUUCUCUUCUUCCUUCGCAUUUUGCCUUCCUUUUUCCCCUCCUUAAUCCCAUCGGAAUCGAAUGCUACCAAUUCCAUUCGACCUAAUUUGAAGUUUAAGAAGAAGAGAGGCGAUUCCAAUCAUGUUCCCGCCACCGGGGGAGGCAGAGCCGGAGGAGGAGCUGUCGUCGGAGGUACCGGAGACUCUGGGAUAGCCAGAGCCCUUUCGCAGUUACUGGCAAUUGUGAAUGAUAUUCCGGUGAGCUCGAGAAAAUACGAUGUGGUUAGAUCGUUAGCCGAGAAAAUCAUCGAUGAGAAUUUGUCGGAAGGUAAUGAGGCGUUACGGCAAGUUAAUUGCUCUGUUCUGUCGUCGGCGUUUGGUCGGACGCUGAGCCAGCUGGAAUCCGCCAUGAUGGACUACGGACGGAAUUACGCCGGAGAUUUCACUAGGAAGGGGACGACGGCUGACCGGGACGAAGACUACUACAGUUAUUAUGCGUCGGUGAGCCGGUUCAUGAGAGCCGUCAGGUAUUGCCGUGAUGCCGUGUUGUUCCGGCCGAAGUCGUCGCCCGGUGAUGAAAUGAGCCGGUCGGGAGGAAACUCGGCUGAGAAGCUUGCAGCUGAGUUGCUGUGGUUGAGUCAGAAAAUGGCGGCUUGCGGGUGUGGGGAGGAAGCUGUUAACAAGUGGGCUUCAGCUUCUAGUCUGGCUUGGCUUUCUCUGACCACCGAGCCACGACUUCAAGGCUACAUAGUCAAAAUUUCAGCUUUUCUGUUCAAGAAAGCUAAAGAGAUUGGUAGGGAAGUGGAUGAAGAGAGCAAAAGGGAGCAACAGAGGGAGACAAAAUUGAAGAUGCUACUGCUAUGGAUACCGCUGCUGUGCAGAGCGACCAUUGGUACAGAUUCUCCGGUUCUCAGUGUAAGUGAAAGAGCAGAGCUGGAAAGGACAUUGGAGGAUAUCAUUGAGUCAUUGAAACAGCAAGAGGACCAAGAGAAAGUGUUGUCCCUUUGGCUCCAUCACUUCACUUAUUGUCCAUCAUCUGAUUGGCCUAAUCUUCACGGCUGCUACGCACGUUGGUGCACUGCUUCUCGGAGAAACUUGCUCCAGUCCCGGUGACCUCCAUCAACGGAUAAUGGAGGCAGCUACAGCACCACUUUGAUCUCAGGUUUUGGCUUAGGAAGGCCUGCUUACAAGCUCAAAUCGAGGAACGAUCGGAUCGGUUGAAUCAAAGUAAUAUGUCAUCGUCACUUCCUCGAAAAGUUUAAUACAUAUAUCCAUAUGCUCUCAUUAUGUUUUUCUUCAAUAUGUAACUAUAACGUAUAUAGAUAAAAAGAUGGAGCUAUAUUAUUAGACAACAUUAUGAGCUCUACUCUUUUGUUGAAUUUAGUUUCCAUACCCACAGAAACAUCUGAAACAUUUAGUGGAUAGACAAGCUCCAUGAUACAUUUCUGAUAACUUAUUAGGGGAUGAUUUAUAAUUAUAUUAUAUAAUCUUUGUACUUAUCAAGCUGGAGAGUGUUAAGGGUUCUUAUUAUACACACACACACUAAUCCAGGGCUAAUUUGCAAUAUUUAGUUUGGUAGUAAUAAAUAUGUCAAAAUGUUUCAGAAUGUACUCUGCAGUCAGAUAUAAGGUACUUAUUAUCUGAUGACGAAAUAAGACACUGGUGGAACGCUGAAUUUUAAAAAAUAUUGGGAAAAUUUGUCGAUGUCAAAUACUCCCUCUGUCCCAAAAU